AUGCCACCGUUGGGUGAACCAGUUCCAUCGGAUUGGACUAUAAUAGAAGGAGAAUUUGUGUUUGUUUGUGCAGUGAACAUUUCUCACCUAGGGAGUGAUCUUCCAUAUAUACCGUCAGCACGAUUGGAUGAGCCAAUUCUUUACUUGACUUUACUUGAUUGGAACACAGUCAAGUCGAGGUUACAAGUCGGAUGUAUGAUGAUUACUAUUGAUGGAUCGCAUCAUCUCGACUAUCCUUGCUUACAGAUAAUACCAGUACGCGGUUGCCGCGUUGAACCGUUGGAAGGAUGUGGUGGUUAUAUAGCGGUUGACGGUGAGCCUAUAACAUCUGGAACGGCAUUUCAGGUUGUACCAUCGCAGUAUUGUGCUACAGUUAUAGGCCGCAAUGAAGUAUCAUCGUAA